ACAUUAGAAUUUUGUACCGGAAGUGGAGGGUGUAAACAGACCACGCGCGCAGUCAUGACCCAUGACUGUCAGUGAUGAAGCAGUGUUUCCUUGUACCACAUGAAUGUUUCCCUCACUUCCACAGGGAUGCAUCACUUAAGCAGCCUUCGACAGGUUUCGGCGAUCUAACCGCAUUCAGAAAUCCAGCAGAAAUCAAACCUCGUGAAUCGUCUGCAGCAGAGAGCGCCGCGGAGAAGCGCAAUGCCGCGGCGGAAGAGAAAUGCGGGCAGUAGCUCUGAAGGUACAGAGGAUUCAGACUUCUCCGCUGAGCACACAGACAGCUCCGAGAGUGACGUCCACACGGUGAGAAACACCCGCCUCACUCGCUCCUCACUGCGCCUCAGCCGCAACUCGCAAGAUUCCAGUCCUGUGGGGAACCCGUCUGCCCCGGUUUCAGAGGAGGUGGUGAACUAUUCCACCCGUCGCGUGACUCGUAGUCAACAGCAGGGGCUGACAGACUUGCCCAAGAAAUACCCCUUGCGGCAGAGUCGCUCUUCUGGCUCAGACACGGAGCAGCAUGGGGAAAUCUCAGAGAGGGACAUUAAACAAAGCGCAGACCAUGAUGAGUCCCCACCCAGGACGCCCACAGGAAACGCUCCUUCCUCUGAGUCUGACAUCGACAUGUCCAGCCCAAACGUGUCUCAUGAUGAGAGUCUGGCAAAGGAGUUGUCUCUGAAAGAAUCCGGCCUUGCUCACCGGCCCAAACGACGACGCUUUCAUGAGAGCUACAACUUUAACAUGAAGUGCCCCACACCUGGUUGUAAUUCACUCGGACAUUUGACAGGGAAACACGAAAGGCACUUUUCAAUAUCUGGAUGUCCACUGUACCAUAACCUUUCAGCAGAUGAGUGUAAGGUGAAGGCAAGCUCUCGAGAUAAACAUGUGGAGGAGAGGACGCUGUCACAGCGGCAGGAUGAGAAUCGGCACUCCGCUCGGCAACAGGCCCAAACGGAGCGACAGCUGCGGUAUAAAGAAAAGGUGACAGAGAUGAGGAGGAAGAGAAACUCCGCUCCUUUUAAAGAGCAAAAAGACAAGUAUACAGAGCACAAACAGACCCAUGGCAGCAGUCAUGAGCCUCUGCUGGAGAACAUCACAAGUGACUAUGACCUGGAGCUGUUCAGAAAAGCCCAGGCAUGUGCUACGGAUGAUCUUGAAAAACUCCGGCUGCAGGGACAGGUCACGGAGGGCGGCAACAUGAUAAAGACCAUUGUGUUCGGCCGCUACGAGCUGGACACCUGGUACCACUCGCCGUACCCCGAAGAGUACGCCCGCCUCGGCCGCCUCUACAUGUGCGAGUUCUGCCUCAAAUACAUGAAGAGUCAGACCAUUCUGCGACGUCACAUGGCCAAAUGUGUGUGGAAACAUCCACCAGGUGAUGAGAUUUACAGAAAAGGGGUUAUAUCUGUUUUUGAAGUGGACGGCAAGAAGAACAAGAUCUAUUGCCAAAACCUGUGCCUGCUUGCCAAACUCUUCCUGGACCACAAAACGUUGUAUUACGAUGUGGAGCCGUUCCUCUUCUAUGUGAUGACUGAAGUUGACAAUACCGGCUGCCAUCUUGUAGGAUAUUUCUCCAAGGAAAAGAAUUCAUUCCUGAACUACAAUGUCUCCUGCAUCCUGACCAUGCCACAGUAUAUGAGGCAGGGUUAUGGCAAGAUGCUGAUUGAUUUCAGUUACUUGCUGUCCAAAGUAGAGGAGAAGGUUGGCUCCCCUGAACGGCCUCUCUCUGACCUGGGACUCAUCAGUUAUAGGAGUUACUGGAAGGAAGUGCUCCUGCGCUACCUGAACAACUUCCAGGGCAAAGAGAUCUCCAUUAAAGAAAUCAGUCAAGAAACAGCUGUCAAUCCUGUAGACAUUGUCAGCACUUUACAGUCACUCCAGAUGCUGAAGUACUGGAAAGGGAAGCACCUGAUCUUAAAAAGACAGGAUCUGAUUGAUGAUUGGAAAACCAAAGAAACAAAACGUGGAAGCAACAAGACUAUUGACCCUACGGCCUUGAAGUGGAGCCCACCCAAAGGAACCUAAGACAAUAAUCUGCAUGCUCUUCACUGUUUGCUGUAGUUCAGCAGGUCUUGGUCACUAUUAGAAUAGCUCAACACAUAGGAAAGUGUUUUCUUUGUUACAAGUAAGGCUGCAAUCCUAACGGUGUCCUGUACGUGUCACAUGGUUCA